CUUUAAAAAUCAAUAAUAAUAAUCAUAAUAAUAAUUUUAUUUUGACGACGAGUAAGUACGACACAUCAAAUAAAUACAUGGAGUUAAUAAUUAAUUUGUACAUUCGAAAUCAACAACCAUCGCUGUAUAGUUAUUUUGUCCAUCAUCAAUGUUUGAACAGUUUGAUUCAGAACUUCAUUUUAUUUGAGGUUAGUUAGUGACUGCGGUAGCAAUUAAAAAAUAUUGUAGCACUUCUUUUGUUUUAAGAAUAAAACAUAAUAAAAGUUUGCAGUAUUUGCACAGCCAUGACGUUUUAGCAAAAAUAGUUUAUCAAAUAGAUUGGCGGUUUAGGAGAUUAGCCACAAAUUUCGUAGAGUACGGAAAAAUUGACUCUGUCUGCACUUGUUGAAUAACUUUUUUGAGUAUGAGAUGAGAAGAAAUAAAGACACAACAAUAGCAGCAGUGAAUUAAAUGUUUCUUAUGUAUUUAAAGUGAUGUCUUUGGUAGUAAAUACAGACAAGAGUUACGUGAAAUUAGCCCAGUUGAAUUGGGCUACUCAUACAUUUUAUGUGGACAGUAUUAAAGCUUUUCUUGAGACUGAUUUUGAUAUUAAUUACGUAUUAUCAUUUGAUAGCAAAACUCAUCACGAUGAGACCAACAAAUGGUCAGGCUGCACAGCCUUACACUUUGCUGUUGAAAAGAAAGUCAAAGUUCGUGCUUCUAUAAUAAAAGUGUUCUUAGAGAAAAAGGCAGAUUUCAUUUGCCAGAACUCCAAAGGCUUUACACCUUUGCGCUUUGCUCUUGAAACAGAACUUGUAUCUGAUGCAAACGACAUUCAUAGUACAAGCAAAUCAUUAUUCAGAGCUCUUUUGUCUGCGCAUACCAAGUUUAAAAAUGUGGCAAAUCCAUGCUGCAAUGAUGGAAUAUCUCAUCUACACAUGGCUUGUUUAGCAGACAGUUUAGACGUUGUUAAAUUCUUCUUGGAUGCUGGUAUGUCAGUUAAUGAAGCCAUAAAUUUUAACUCCCGCAUUUUUUCCGGGUAUACGUGCCUACAUCUGGCCACCAAAAGUGAAAAUAAAAAAAUGGUUGAAAUGCUUUUGAAAUAUGGUGCAGAUAUUACGAGUUUAAAUGCUUCUGGACUGAGUCCAUUGCAUUUAUUGAUAAUAGAACAAAUCAAAUACAUCUCACAGCCAACGAGUCAAGCAAUAAAAGAUAAAAGGUUACUUAAUAUUGAAAACAUAAUUGACGUCAUAUUGCAAUCAUGCAAGGAUGGUACAAGCUUACCGGAUUGUAUCAACCUGACAAAGUUGCACAUUUACUGUAUAAGGAUCCAAAGUUUUAAACCUGAAGAUUUGAAAGAAAUGUUGACUAAUUAUGUUGAUUUCAAUGCUCCUACUCAUUUUGACGCUGCAAUGUAUCCAGGGUCCACACCGUUGCACUUUGCUGCACGUUGUAAUCUUCAAGCAGUGAUGAUACUGUCCAGAAAUGGAGCGAAUCUUCUUGCUGAAGAUGCCAAUGGCGUUACACCAUUUGAUAUAUGCCUCAAAAAAUGCACUCUCGAUGAUUUGAUUGACAUCUUAAAUACUCAGGAAGAACUUAGAUCCAUAAAAUUCAAUGAUAAAGACCACUUGAUAGAUUUCAUUGCUGCAUUUCGAACUCAAAGUUCAUUGUAUAGUUAUUUAAGAAAUCGUAAAAUUAACACCGCAAUUCCUGAUACAUCACCACUCUGGCCUGGGUGCACGUUGCUGCACAUUGCUGUUAUGUGCCAACAUCAGUAUGACGCUAAUCGUAUCGAAAUAGUACUCAGUCAUGAGCCAGACAUGACUAUUCGAGAUUCUAAAAACAUGACGGCUCUCCACGUUGUCUAUCGCCUAAAAAAGAUAUCACAUGUGACCGAAGUACUGAGAUCACAUUCCACAUUUCUUGUCAAUCCAGUAAACAAUCAAAAUCUAUCUCACGCUCAUAUAGCUGCUUUGCUUGACCGUCCUAACAUUACACGUAAUUUGUUGGACAAUCAAUGUGCUGACAACCUCAAUUUACGCUUACAAGCUGGCACAUAUUGGCAAUUCAGUAAAAAGAUUGAUAAAUCCAAACUAGAUGUGAUAAUACCUUCCGACUCAACAUUUUUCCAUUUUGCGGUAGCCAUUCGAUCAAACGAAUUAAUCAAAUAUUUGAUCGAAAAGGAUGCGGAUCCUUAUCUUCUAGAUGCUGAAGGUCUAACAUGGAUUCACCGUGCGUUUGUAAGUGAGCAUUUUGCACAAUUCAAAUCGUUAUUGUGGUCAAAUGAAAAGUUACUGCAGUCAAAUCCAGUGGCUCCAGGUGAAUUGUCCCACUUUCACAUGGCCUGUUACUGUGGAAAUUUGCAAUCAGUUGCGGCUUUGCUUUCAAUGACGCCUAACAUCAAUGAGCCAAUCACCAGUGAUCUGAUGAAUUGUAUUAAAAAACUUCCCAGUUACGUUUGCUUGGGGGACACUCCGUUACAUUUGGCAGCCAGAGCUAACUCCGCGGAAGUAAUAGACUUUCUGUUAAAAAACGGUGCAAAGAUUAAAGCAGAAAAUGAAAAAGGUCUGAACCCAUUCCACACAGCUUUGAUAAUGUCAAGAUCCGAGGCGGUUGUCAAUCUUUUGAAGUCGAAAUUCGAAAAGAAAAAGAAGUGGACCGAUGAGACGGGAUUAAUGCACUUGCAUGUCGCGUGUGCUUUAAAGGACGAUGUUCUCGUAAAAGCUCUCUUGAAAAGUGGACAAAAUGUCAAUGGCCGAAUUAAAAAUAAUUCACCAAUAUGGCCAGGCGAGGCUCCGCUCAAUAUUUUGGUGAAAAAUGAGUACCCUGAGGACGAUUCCAUUGUCAAGAUUUUACUUGAUCACAUUAUAAAAAAUAUGAAACAUGAAACUUCAGGCGCUGAAAAAUCUCAUGCAUCGCCAAAGCGGCGCAAAGUGUCUUCCCUGAGUGACAAAAGUUUUAUUAUAGAAAAAAAUGGACUGAGCGCUUUUCAUGUAAGCUGCAUGGGAACAGACCCAGACAUUGUUGAAAGUUUCUUGAAGUUUGGCGUGAAUAUUAACGCAACUACCGACUAUUUUUCCACCCUCAACGCUGGUUACACCCCCUUACAUUUUGCAGUAGAAUAUGGCAGUGAAAGUGUGGUUGAGAUGCUUUUAAAGUAUGGAGCAGAUGUUAACAUCGAGAAUAGAGAUGGUUAUACACCUGUGCAUUUGGCUGUCUCGGCAAGAUUAGACUUUAUCAAAAUAUUUUUCAGAAAUCAUGAAUUGAACAUGGGAAGGAAAACUAUAUUUAAUCAGACAGCCAUCGAUAUACUCCUAGAAAAUAAAAACGCAUUCACGUGCAACAGCUCUGUAGAGUAUAUCCUUGAAAUGUUGAGACAUCAGGCAGCAGACAAUAUCAGUUUUUUUACCAAACUGAAUCUAGUAGAUCGAUUACUCCAAAAUUUUACCGGAUCCUCUUUGGAAUCGUUAAUUCGAGCCAUACCCAAGUUAUCUGCAUUAGAUAAUAAACGAUGCUCUGUCCUUCAUCAUAUAUUUAUGGCUGAUCUACCAAAUAACAUGAAUAAUAAUCGUGAUGGCUUGGUUAACAAUAUUGAGAUACUAUUGAAGGCUGGCAAAUUGGACCUUAAUCAGCGGGAUAGAAACGGAAAAACACCUUUCCAUCAUGCGAUGACUGCAAAUAACAGAGCAUUGAAAAUUGAAGCAUUAUUGUUGACCGGAGCUGACAUAAAUGUCACUGACAACCAGGGAAAUACUCCAUACACGUAUUGCUUUGAAGAAAGAGCUUAUGUAGACCAGAUUUUGAUUAACAUGCUGCAAAAUCACGUAAUUAAAAUACAAUCCGCUGGCUUAUAUCUUCAUCCUGUGAACAAGAAGUAUUUGAUGGAGCAAAGAAACUCGAGUAAAAAACGUUUUGUGAUUAACAACACAAUGAACAGAGUAGUUGAUGAAUCCCUGCAAGUACGUGUACGGGAUCUUCUCACUGAAAAAAUUGUGAUGAAGUUUAUGUCCCUGUCCCUCUCCAAACAAGAAUCAAUUCUGAAGAUUUUGAAAUCUCAAGCAUUGCACCAUGAAUUCAUCGAAUGGUCUCCUAUAUUCAGUUGGCAGUACAGAAGAAUCUUGGAAAGAAGAAGUCUACGGAAAUUUGUAAUUAAUGCGUUGUAUAAUAUUUUCGACCAAAAGCUUCCAGAACUCUGUUUGCAGUCUGUCGUAGUGCAUUUAAGUACUGCUCAUUGGAGAAUUUUGAUAAAAUGA